AUGUAUAACCCUGCCAGUACAGUUCGACGGAUUGAUGUUUUGAUUCGUAUUUUAGGUGGUCGCAAAAAGUUUUUAAGUGUGAAUUAUGUUAGAGCAUACUCUAGUGAAGGUAAAGUGACUAUCGGUGAUGUAACAAAAGAAAUAAUAAAGCCCAAAAAAGUCGAAUAUGUUCCUCGGAAGUACAUAUCAUUGGAGGGUUCUGAUUUGAAAUAUCUCUCUCAAAGUACACUUAGAAAUUUACGAUGGAUGAUGCAAAAAGAUUCCUUAGGCCAGGACAUGUUUCUUCUUGGCAGGCCUGGUCCCAGCAGGCGAAAUGUCGCAUUACAAUACUUGGAACUGACUCAAAGGGAAUUAGAAUAUGUGGCUCUGUCACGUGACACAACGGAGGCUGACCUAAAGCAGCGAAGGGAGAUACAAAACUCUACUGCCAAGUAUUUUGAUCAGAGUGCAGUACGAGCUGCAAUAGAAGGUCGAGUCCUUGUUAUAGAUGGUAUAGAAAAAGCAGAACGCAAUGUGCUGCCUGUAUUAAAUAAUUUGCUGGAAAAUAGGGAAAUGCAUCUGGAAGAUGGACGGUUUUUGGUACCUGCAGCGCGGUAUGACAAGUUAAUACAGGAGCAUGGAGCGGAGGAAGUGUCAAAAUGGCGUCUGGUUCGUGUGGAUGAGAAUUUCCGCGUGAUCGCUUUAGGACUACCAGUGCCGCGUUAUCAGGGUCAACCUCUAGACCCGCCGCUGCGCUCUCGUUUCCAAGCUAGAGAUGUCACUACUAUCGGAUUCGGGGAACACAUGAACACAUUGCGUCAAGAAGCACCUCAGGUGGAUCCUGUUAAAUUGGAGAAACUUUUAUCUGCUGCUUAUGCACUGAUCAGUCCCGAGUUGCAGCAGAUCAGUUUACCCGACUUCCCUAUCGACAGUCUGCAAGCUGCUGCACUUAUUUUGGAAAAGAACCCCAGUAUACCAAUACACAAGCUCUUAUACCUUUUAUAUCCAUACAACACGUUCCUUACUAAGGAUCACGUUAAGAACGUACAUGGAGUCUUGCACAACCUGAAUAUAGAAACAAAAUCAAAAUGGAGUAUAUCCCGCCAAAAUGUGGAGUUCAGAGAAAACAAGGCUUUAGUGACCAUGGAGAUAAACGGCAAUAAGUCACAAUUUAGCGUGCCGUGCGGUGAAAGUGAAUAUAGAAGGGAAGAGAAGGGUUUCGUAAAGACUAGUUACCAGAAUGAGCUGCUGAAUGAGUUAUUGUUGAGUCAUAGUGUUGGAGACUUUUGUGUUAUCGGUCCAAAAGGCUGCGGCAAGAGUCUCCUCGUAUCUCAACUCGCGUCUUUAGUACAUUACACAAUAGAGCCGAUAGUCCUUUACCAGGAUAUGACGGCCAGGGAUCUAGUGCAGCAGCGUACCACGCUGGACAACGGAGACACAGUGUGGAGGAACUCUGCGCUUGUUGAAGCGGCGUUGAAGGGACAUAUGGCGGUACUGGAUGGCUUGCAUAGAAUCCAUUCCAGUACUCUAGCUGUUCUACACAGUCUAGUGCACAACCGGGCACUACAACUCCACGACGGGACGCGGUUGUUACGACACGACAGAUAUGACGAGCUGCUGUCGAUGGGCAUUAGUCAGCAGGAGUUAGACGAAAGUGGCGUAAAGAGAAUCCAUCCAGCGUUCAGAAUAGUGGCACUUGCCGAACCGCCAACAUUCGACCGCGGACAACAUUGGUUAACACCGGAAAUACUCAGCCUCUUCAUAUUCCACGAGAUGCGCAAUCUGAGUAAAGAAGAAGAAAUAUUUAUCAUCAAAUCGUUGUACGGAGAACUAUCACCACCCCUACUUUCAAUAAUCGACUUAGCGGACGAGCUACGAAAGUCAGAAGACAACACAUUGAAAAGUCUCUCCUCUUCUCUGUCAACGCGACAGCUGCUCAGGAUUGCUAAGAGAAUGGCGAAAUACCCUACAGACUCAGCCUACGAGACUGUUCAGCGGACAUUUCUGGCGAAAUUCCUACCUAACUUGGCCAGACGUGCGCUAGAUAGCGCUAGUCAAAAGAUCGGCAUAGAACCACCGUCUCGUUUCGGCCUUUUUGGUCGAGGCGAAGGCAAAAUGGUCUGCCAUGUCCGGAAUGGAAUACUGACAAUCGGCAAUACAAGUGCAGAAGUGUAUAAAACUGAAGCAUUAACCAAAGUCCCCGAUAUUCUUUUCUAUGACGUACCCCAACAUAUAAAAUUAUUGGAGUGGUUGCUCCAAGACCUCCAACUAGGCAAUCAUUUAUUGCUGGUCGGUAAUCAAGGUGUGGGAAAGAAUAAGAUCGCAGACAGACUGUUGCAGCUUUUGAAUCGCCCGAGGGAAUAUAUACAAUUGCACCGGGACACAACGGUGCAGUCUUUGACAGUCCAGCCAACCGUCAAAGAUGGAAUUGUCAUUUAUGAAGACUCGCCUCUAGUGAAAGCCGUGAAACAUGGCCACGUGUUGGUUGUGGAUGAAGCGGACAAAGCCCCAACAAACGUGACAUGUAUUUUGAAAACUUUGAUGGAAAACGGAGAGAUGAUACUGAGUGAUGGCAGACGGAUCGUUCCCAAGGAUAUGAUGAACAUUUCUGGUGGCAAUCCAGCUAGUUUUAUUCCCGUGCACGACGAUUUCAGAAUGAUAGUUUUAGCUAAUCGACCAGGCUUCCCGUUCUUAGGGAACGACUUCUUUGCUUCUCUAGGUGACCUGUUGUCAUGUCACGCGGUCGACAACCCGUCAAUUGAGUCAGAGCUUGAGCUACUACGAUCAUACGGGCCCGACGUACAAGAAGACGUGAUGAAGAAGCUUGUGCAGGCAUUCGCAGCUCUACGUAACAUGGCUGACCAAGGACAGCUGACCUAUCCUUACUCCACGAGGGAGCUUGUUAAUAUUGUUAAACAUUUGCAGAAAUAUCCCGAAGAGGAUUUGGCAACGGCGAUAGGCAACGUGUUCGAUUUCGACCGUUACAGCAAAGAUAUGGCCGACACGCUGUUGGAGGUGUUGUACUCCAGUGGACUGCCGACAGAGGGCGUGCUACAGGGACGCUCUAAAGACGCAAUGAAGAGAUUGCAAAUGACGAUUGAAAGGAAAAGUGGAUUAGACGUAUCUUCACCAAAGCAUGGCAAAGAGGAUCCGGACAACAAGCCGCACGUGGGCGGCAACACGUGGGCCGGCGGCACCGGCGGCCGCGACACGGCGGGGCUGGGCGGCAAGGGCGGCCCCUACCGCCUGGACAAGGGGCACGACGUGCAUCAGCUAUCUGAUGAAGAGAAAAAUGACAUACCGGAGCACGUUAAAGAAGCGGCGCGAGCUAUGAACAGGAAGGCCUUUGAGGAACGUCUGAAGGAGAUCAAAAUGAGCGAAUACGACGCUAAGUUGUACGGGCAAUUUUUGCGAGCAGUGCAGCCACAGAUUGCCGCUCUUCGUGGAGUGUUAGCUGAACUGCAAGCGAAGAAGAAAGAGAGACAGUGGAGCCGCCACCAGACUAGUGGAGAACUAGACGAUAGCAAAAUAAUCGAAGGUAUAACUGGCGAACGGGCAAUAUAUCGCAGGCGGAUAGACCAAGAGCCACCACCAGGUUCUCCACCUGAUAAACCUAAACGUUUGAGACUCGUACUCGACGUGUCCGGCAGUAUGUAUAGGUUCAAUUCUUACGACGGUCGUCUAGAACGUUCUAUGGAAGCAGUGGUGCUAAUAACAGAGGCGUUGAAAGGCUACGAGUCGCGCAUUCGGUACGACAUAUACGCACACUCCGGAGAAGAUUCCGCUCUCGAGCUUGUUAGGGUGGACCGGCCGCCUGAAAAUGAGAAGCAGAGGCUGCAGAUUAUCGGCACAAUGCAGGCGCACUCUCAAUUCUGCUGGUCGGGUGACAAUACUUUGCCGGCUGCGAAACAAGCCAUUUCCAGCCUCGCCAGUGAAGACGCCGAUGAAGCGAUCGUUAUUAUACUCUCCGAUGCGAAUCUGCGACGAUAUGGCAUUGCUCCCGAGUCGCUGGGCACCAUCCUGACGUCGGACCACAGAGUACAGGCGCACGUUAUUUUUAUUGGCAGUUUGGGAGAUGAAGCUAACACGUUGCUGCGUCGCCUGCCCGCGGGGCGCGCGCACGUGUGCAUGGACGUGGCGACCUUGCCUCACAUCCUUCAGCAGAUAUUCGCGUCGUCACUGUUGCAGACCGAUAAUAAUUAA